AUGUCCUCCAUCCUCCCCAUCCACAACAACGAGUCGGCCUCGGCCACCACCACCUCCUCUUCCAAGAGCCCCCUCCGCACCAUCGCCUCGGCCCUCAUGCUGCUGGUCUUUGUCGGUGUUGUCGGCUUUGUGGGCUUCGCCAACUUCGGUACGGCCUCUGCCGCCCCGGUCGCCGCCUCCCUCUCGACCGCCUCCGCUCGCUCCGUGAGCAGCAACCGGCCCACCGCCCCGGUGUGCGACAAGCUCGGCCUCUACGAUUGCCGCUGCCCCGACGGCUACAUGCCCUCCCGCGACACCGCCACCUGCCAGAAGAUCGUCUGCCCGGAGUACUUCGAUGCCACCUCCGGCAUCUACGUCAACCGCGUCGGCGAGGCGGCCUUCGACAACCUCCCGGAGAGCUCCCCCUCCGUCCAGGUCCAGGGCUUCCGCAUCUCCGGACCCGCUCCCGGGCCGAUCACCGCUACCUGCUCUCGCGACGGCCGGUGGGUCUUCUAA